GGCUAUAAAGAAACUGACGAUUGUGUCUUUGUGUGCUUUUAUUUGAUUUUUCUGGGUGAUAAUGGAUUCUCCAUCACAAGACAGUGUACCUGGCUAUGAGACGAUGCCAACAGAGGGUGGAGGUGGAUUACUUCCCCCUCCUACGUUGUCCGACCAACAACCUCAACCUGAAACUCAACCAUCAUGUCCAAACUGGGAUGUACCUGGCUAUGAGAAGAUGAUCACAGAGGGUGGAGGUGGAUUCCUUCCCCCUCCUACGUUGUCCGACCAACAACCUCAACCUGAAACUCAACCAUCAUGUCCAAACUGGGAUGUACCUGGCUAUGAGAAGAUGCUAAUAGAGGGUGGAGGUGGAUUCCUUCCCCCUCCUAUGUUGUUCGACCAACAACCUCAACCUGUACCUCAACCAUCAUUUCAAAAGUGGGACUUCCCAUCUCUCAGCAAGGAUGAUGCUCAACAAGCCUUCAUCCAGUAUGCAUCAAAUAAACGCUGCUACAGCACGAAGCCAGCAGAGCAGGGAGUGAUCACCAAUAUGGAGUCCUUCGAUACAUACAGGUAUCGCCUGGUGACGUUUACUGAGACACGAACUACAGAGAGGAGUGAAAGGCCGCACUAUGGUGAGAAAAUAGACAACAGUGGACUAACCCCGCCCGGGCCGUGGGAGAUUCCAGUUAAUGUUCCCCCAUUUUUUCAGGAUGACAGUCACAUCGUUGAGAUUCCACACACAGCAUCUGUGACGAGAUGCUUUCACUGUUCUGCUAGGGGAUACACAACCUGCGGUUCCUGUGGCGGGCUUGGAAGGAGAAUAUGCAGUGGGUGUGGUGGGCUUGGUACUGUCUAUUAUGGUCAAAACAGGCAGUUUUGCAUCGUCUGUGGUGGAAGUGGGAGGACAAUUUGUUACCUAUGCGGUGGCACAGGUGAGACCACAUGUGAUGUCUGCUCAGGCCAGAAAAUGGUCAUAGCCGCCCUCAACCUUGUUGUGAACUGGCAUAACGAUGUUGAAGAACACACUGUUGAACAAUCCAGUGGUUUAAAGAUGUCCAAACUGGACAAUGUGCCUGGAAGGGAGUUGUUCACAGACUCUAACUACAUGGUUUAUCCAGUCACAAACUUCCCUGACCCAACAGUGGUACAAGUCUCAGAAAGGCUACUGAGAGAGCACCAAGACAAGUAUUUGAAAAAUUCACGCAUUUUGCAGCAGCGUCAAACCAUUGAGCUGCUUCCUAUUACCAAGGUAACCUACCAAUGGAAGGGAGAGUCGUAUGUGUUCUUUGUGUACGGGAGAGAUUUCAAAGUCAGUGCUGUGGACUAUCCUGCUGCCUGCUGCGGCUGCUGCUGCCCAAUUAUGUGACUCAGCAUCACCUUGCCCAUGAUUUGUGAAUUUUUAA